GAGGGGAGGGGAGACCCACCGCCUCCCUCCCUCGCUCGCUGACUCGCUCCCUCCCGGGCUGCGGCUGCUGCAACGGGGCGGCGGUGGCGGCAGCAGCGGGAGCAGUCUAGAAGCCGGCGUCGAGGAUUGCCGCUCUCUGCUGCUCCAUCCUCUCCAUUGAGGUCCUCUCCUCUCUCCCCUCUCAAGAUGGCAGCCAGCAGCUCUGAGGUCUCAGAGAUGAAGGGGAUAGAAGAAGGUCCCCAAACCCAAGGAGAAGGGCCUGGCCAUUCUGAAGCCGAAACUGGCCCUCUCCAGGUCCCAGCUGGGGUCCCAGAUGAGCCAGAGGCCCUGCAGCCCGGCCCAGACAACACUGGGGCCCCUGUGGACUCAGAAACCAAAGCUGGACUGGCUCCAGAAACCACAGAGACCCUAACUGGGGCCCCAGAAACAGCCCAGGCCAGAGACCUCAGCUCAAGUCCAGGAGGGGAAUCAAAUGCCAACCCCAGCCCCGAAGAAGCAUGCCAAGAGCCAGCACCCAAACCAGAAGCAAAUAAAGAGGCCACUGCAGACCAGGGGUCUGAUCUGGGGUCUGCAGCCCCACUUGAGCCAGCCUCAGAGUCUGCUCCCCAGCUGGACCCCCAAUCAGACCCUCAGCCAGACUGCCAGCCAGGUUCCCAGCCCACCCCCAAGUCAGCUCUUCAGCCAGAGCCCCCUACUCAGGAGGACCCCACCCCCGAAGUCCUCACUGAGAGUGUGGGGGAAAAGCAAGAAAAUGGGGCAGUGGUUCCCCUGCAGGCUGGCGAUGGGGAAGAGGGCCCAGCCCCUCAGCCUCACUCACCACCCUCAACAAAAACCCACCCAGCCAAUGGGGCUCCUCCCCGCGUGCUGCAGCAGCUGGUUGAGGAGGAUCGUCUAGGAAGGGCUCACAGUGGGCAUCCAGGAUCUCCCAGAGGUAGCCUGAGCCGCCACCCCAGCUCCCAGCUGGCAGGGUCUGGGGUGGAGGGGGGUGAAGGCACCCAGAAACCUCGGGACUACAUCAUCCUCGCCAUCCUGUCCUGCUUCUGCCCCAUGUGGCCUGUCAACAUCGUGGCCUUCGCUUAUGCUGUCAUGUCCCGGAACAGCCUGCAGCAGGGGGACGUGGAUGGGGCCCAGCGUCUGGGCCGCGUGGCAAAGCUCUUAAGCAUCGUGGCGCUGGUAGGGGGGGUCCUCAUCAUCAUCGCCUCCUGCGUCAUCAACUUAGGCGUGUAUAAGUGAGGGGCUCUGCCCCGCAUACCAAGAUUUUCCUUCCUGUUGGGAGCUGCCUUGGGCCCAUCCUCCCCUGGGGGGAGCCCAAUCGAUGGCCCAGGCCCGCACCCAUAGGGACCAAGGGAGCCUGAGCGGCCUUGUUUACAGCUUCUUUCCUGCUGCUGCAUCCUGCCAGGCUCCUGUGCCAACCGUAGGCCUCUCUUCUUCCUGCACUGUUUCUAACUUCCCUGCACUUCUGCCUGCAUCCCCUCCAGCCUCUGGGCCUCCCUAUCCCUGCACUUCUGGAAACCUCCCUGUACGUCUCACAAACUCUCUCUGCUCUCAGCCUCCCUGCAUUCCUCCCAACUUCCCUGCACCUCAGCCCCAGUGUCCCCUUUUCAAUUUUCACUGUCUUGGCAUAUUCCCCCAUCCCUUUCUCCCGUCUCCCCUUUAUCAUCUCUCCUUCCCCCUUCACACCCUCUGCCCCCUUUCUGCCUCAUCUCCCCUCCGCACCCCUUCCUCCCCUCAGGAUCCUUUCCUCCCCCCUCCUGCCACCGGUUUCUCUGCAAAAACUCUAGCGCGUAGAUCAGGCUGGGGGAGGGGACUGGUGUCAGGGGAGGGCUCCCCAGCUUGGGUUUCGACUAUUUUCUGCUGGGACCACCCAGGUCCUGACGCCCCCGGGGCGCCUCUGGGUCACAGAGCUGGCAAGCCAGGCCUUGUCUGGGGACUCGUGCAGAGUGUCGUGCACGGUCGCUAGCUCUGUUUUGAACUCGCACCUGGGAGGAGGAUGGGGCGUGGCUGUUGACCCUCUCGGAUCAGCCCGAAUUGACCCGCCCCACCUGAGCUUUUUAACCCGGUCAGCGAGUUUCUUAAAGGCGUCGGGGCUGGGGUCAUUCACGUGCUUUGUAGGGAAAGAACCCCGAAACAGAAACAACCAAAGCUCCCAGAUGCAGGGAGCAAGUGAGGGGCGGGAAGCUCUAUAAUUAUUUUCCAGGAGGACGAGAGAGGUUUGUUGCACGCGACAGUCCGCUAGGGAGGCGGGGACCUAGCUAUGACGCUGUGUGGAGUUGGCGGGUUUUGUUUUCUUAAAAAAAAAAAAAAGAAAGAAAGAAAAAAAAGCGUGGGGGGAACACUAAAAGUCUUAAAAAAAAAAAGAUACAUUAAACAGAUUCUCCCUCUUUGUAUGCCGGAUGCUGCAUGAGUCUGAAACACCAAUAAACGGAGACUGCAUGAGACUCGC